CCAUUGCAAAGACCAGUGCGAGGGAUCUGGUGUCGCUGCUCGAACUCUCCCCUUCAUAUUCAAAUCCAUUUCUCUCGCAUCCUCUGCAAUGGAAUAUCCAUAGAAACUGCUACUAAACACUACGCAUCUCUUCAGCACAUACAGAAUUCCCUCACUAAAUCACAGAUCGUGAAUUUUCAUCUCAAUAAAUUGAGAUCUGAAACUGUACGAUUUCAGAUCCCUUUGAUCCCGUCAUGGAGAAAUCUUGCAGCAUUCUUGUUCACUUUGACAAGAGCACGCCUGCACUCGCUACCGAGAUCAAGGAAGCUCUUGAGGGAAAUGACGUUGAAUCCAAAAUCGACGCUCUCAAGAAGGCCAUCAUGCUUCUACUCAAUGGCGAGACCAUUCCUCAGCUCUUCAUCACCAUCAUACGCUAUGUGCUCCCUAGCGAGGAUCACACGAUCCAAAAGCUUCUCCUGAUCUAUCUCGAGAUUAUCGACAAGACUGAUUCCCGGGGCAAAGUUCUUCCGGAGAUGAUCUUAAUCUGCCAGAACCUGCGGAAUAAUCUGCAGCAUCCAAACGAAUACAUCCGGGGCGUUACCUUGCGGUUCCUCUGCCGUCUCAAGGAGACUGAGAUCAUUGAGCCUUUGAUUCCUUCCAUAUUAACCAACCUCGAGCAUCGUCAUCCCUUCGUUCGCAGGAACGCCAUUCUCGCUGUAAUGUCCCUUUACAAGCUUCCUCAAGGUGAGCAGCUGCUCGAUUCGGCUCCGGAAAUCAUCGAGAAGGUCCUCUCUUCUGAGCAGGACCCUUCGAGCAAGCGUAAUGCCUUCCUCAUGCUAUUCACUUGUGCUCAGGAUCGCGCCGUUAGUUACCUUUUCGCUAAUCUCGAGAAAAUUACUGACUGGGGAGAGCAGCUGCAGAUGAUACUGCUUGAAUUGAUUCGAAAGGUUUGCAGAACGAAUCGAAACGAGAAGGGUAAGUACAUUAAGAUCAUCAUACAAUUAGUGAAUGCCCCCUCUGCUGCCGUUCUUUACGAAUGCGCGGGGACUUUGGUGUCCUUGUCGUCCGCACCAUCUGCCAUAAGGGCCGCAGCUAACACCUACUGUCAGCUGCUGGCGUCGCAGAGCGAUAACAACGUGAAGCUCAUUGUCCUCGAUCGUCUUAAUGAACUCAAGGGCUCGCACAGAGAGGUCAUGGUCGAGAUGGUCAUGGACGUGCUCAGGGCGCUAUCAAGUCCGAAUCUCGACAUCAGGCGAAAAACCCUUGAUAUCGUGCUAGAGUUGGUAACGCUACGGAAUGUGGACGAGGUUGUGUUGGUGUUAAAGAAGGAAGUGAUGAAGACGCAGAGCGGGGACAUUGAGAAGUGUGGGGAGUACAGGCAAAUGCUCGUUCAAGCCAUACACUCUUGCGCGAUUAAGUUCCCUGAAGUGGCCAGCACGGUGGUUCAUCUCUUGAUGGAUUUCCUAGGCGACAACAAUGCGGCUUCUGCAAUGGAUGUGAUUGUUUUUGUGAGAGAGAUUAUUGAGACCAACACAAAAUUGCGGGUUUCAAUUAUGACAAGAUUGCUAGAUACUUUCUAUCAGAUUCGUGCUGCAAGAGUGUGUUCUUGUGCUCUCUGGAUCAUUGGGGAGUACUGUUUAUCCCUCUCCGAGGUUGAAAGUGGAAUUGCCACCAUUAAGCAAUGUCUAGGAGACCUGCCAUUUUAUACAGCCUCCGAGGAAAGGGAGACAGAAGAUGCUUCCAAGAAACAUCAGCAGGCAAGCUCUGCAGCAGUCUCCUCUCGAAGGCCUGCAGUUCUUGCAGAUGGAACCUAUGCGACCCAAAGUGCUGCACUGGAAACUGCUUUGACAUCGCCAACUAUUGUUCAAGGAUCCUUGUCUUCUGUGGGCAACUUGAGAUCGCUGAUCCUUUCCGGUGAUUUUUUCCUUGGAGCAGUUGUCGCUUGCACGUUAACAAAGCUGAUUUUUAGGUUGGAAGAGGUCCAGCCCUCAAAAGUUGAAGUAAACAAGGCCACCACUGAAGCAUUACUGAUCAUGGUCUCUAUACUUCAGCUGGGUCAAUCUUCGUUAUUUUCACAUCCUAUUGAUAAUGAUUCUCAUGACAGGAUUGUCCUUUGUAUUAGAUUACUAUGUAACACUGGUGAUGAAAUGAGGAAAAUAUGGAUGCGUUCUUGCAGAGAGAGUUUUGUGAAAAUGCUUUUGGAUAAGCAACGACGUGAAUCAGAGGAAAUAAAAGCAAAAGCUCAGACAUCUCAUGCACAACCAGAUGAUCUCGUUGAUUUCUACCAUUUGAAGAGCAGAAAGGGUAUGAGCCAGAUUGAGUUAGAAGAUGAGGUUCAGGAUGAUCUAAAACGUGCUACUGGGGAGUUCACCAAGGAUGGAGAUGAUGCAAAUAAACUUAAUCGAAUUCUUCAACUCACAGGAUUCAGUGAUCCUGUUUAUGCUGAGGCAUAUGUGACAGUGAAUCAUUACGACAUUGUCCUUGAUGUGACUGUUAUCAAUCGAACAAAGGAGACUUUACAGAAUUUGUGCCUGGAAUUGGCUACAAUGGGUGAUCUAAAGCUUGUGGAGCGUCCUCAGAAUUAUACAUUGGCUCCAGAGUCAAGCAAGCAGAUAAAGGCAAAUAUUAAGGUCUCUUCAACUGAAACAGGAGUCAUAUUUGGUAACAUUGUGUAUGAGACUUCUUCAAAUGUUCUUGAAAGAACAGUUGUAGUUCUAAAUGACAUUCAUAUUGAUAUAAUGGAUUAUAUUUCACCUGCAUCUUGUGGCGAUGUGGCAUUUCGAACCAUGUGGGCUGAGUUCGAGUGGGAAAACAAGGUAUAUUUUCCUGUAAGUGCUUGUUAUUCUCAGCUAAAUUUGAAUUAA